CUGUUAGUUAAUUGAUUGUCUUGUGGAAGUAGGCCCAUAGUAGGUUUGGCUAGUCUGCAACAUGUGGUGUUGAGAAAUCUCUAACAGGCAUGGGGCUGAGUUACAUGCUUCUGCUCUUCUCUGGCUUGUGCUCAAUUGCCAGUUGCCAACGGUUAGUGCCUGGCGCUCCAUAUAAGAUCAACACAAAUGACAAGGGGGUCCUAAAAGCGGCGCUUCAUGGGACCAAUUCAUUUAACAAUCAGACCAAUGAUGCUUUUCUCUUCAAGCCAUCUGCAAUUGAAAAAGCCGAAAGACAGAUUGUAAAGGGACUCAAAUACAUUUUGGAAGUAGACCUCUCGCGGACCGUGUGCCGCAAUAACGGCAAAGACCCAGACCUGGCCAACUGCAUGUUCCAACCAGAUGGUUUGUUGCAGCAGACCUUCCACUGUGUCUUUGAGGUUUGGACAAUGCCUUGGCUCCACUUCAUGAAGACUACCUAUUUUUCGUGCAGCCCAUCUGACCAAUCUUGAAGGAAGUUCCUAAGCUGUUUCUCUCCAUACAUGACUGAGCAUUUUCAUUCCUCAAAAUAAAAUUGAGCCUUAACGUAUAGUUUAACAAUGGCUAUUACUAUAUGUCUUGAGUACCAAUAUGUAUUUUAGGUUAACUUAUCUAACCUUGUUAUCCUCAAAUAAAAUGGUGGACUGCUUUAUCCCGUGCAAAUUA